CGGAGACCGGGAAUGCUGGGAACGGAGACUGGGAGUGCUGGGAAUGGAGACUGGGAAUGCUGGGAAUGGACACUGGGAAUGCUGGGAAUGGAGACUGGGAGUGCUGGGAAUGGAGACUGGGAACGGAGACCGGGAAUGCUGGGAACGGAGACGGGGAGUGCUGGGAAUGGAGACUGGGAAUGCUGGGAAUGCUGGGAAUGGAGACUGGGAGUGCUGGGAACGGAGACUGGGAGUGCUGGGAAUGGAGACUGGGAACGGAGCCUGGGAAUGCUGGGAAUGGAGACUGGGAGUGCUGGGAAUGCUGGGAACGGAGACUGGGAAUGCCGGGAACGGAGACUGGGAGUGCUGGGAAUGGAGACUGGGAACGGAGACCGGGAAUGCUGGGAACGGAGACUGGGAGUGCUGGGAAUGGAGACUGGGAACGGAGCCUGGGAAUGCUGGGAAUGGAGACUGGGAGUGCUGGGAAUGCUGGGAACGGAGACUGGGAAUGCUGGGAACGGAGACUGGGAGUGCUGGGAAUGGAGACUGGGAACGGAGACCGGGAAUGCUGGGAACGGAGACUGGGAGUGCUGGGAAUGGAGACUGGGAAUGCUGGGAAUGCUGGGAAUGGAGACUGGGAGUGCUGGGAACGGAGCCUGGGAAUGCUGGGAAUGGAGACUGGGAACGGAGCCUGGGAAUGCUGGGAAUGGAGACUGGGAGUGCUGGGAAUGGAGACUGGGAACGGAGACUGGGAAUGCCGGGAAUGCUGGGAAUGGAGAUUGGGAAUGCUGGGAAUGGAGACUGGGAAUGCUGGGAAUGGAGACUGGGAAUGGACACUGGGAAUACUGGGAAGGGACGCUGGAAAUGCUGGGAAUGGAUACUGGGAGUGCUGGGAAUGGAGACUGGAAAUGCUGGGAAUGGACACUGGGAAUGCUGGGAAUGGAGACUGGAAAUGCUGGGAAUGGAGACUGGAAAUACUGGGAAUGGACACUGGAAAUACUGGGAAUGCUGGGAAGGGACACCGGGAAUGCUGGGAAUGGAGACUGGGAAUGCUGGGAAUACUGGGAAUGGACACUGAAAAUACUGGGAAUACUGGAAAUGGAGACUGGGAAUACUGGGAAUAGUGGGAAUGCCGGGAACGGACACCGGGAAUCCCAGGAAUGGAUACUGGGAAUACCGGGAAUGGAGACUGGGAAUGCCAGGAAUGGACACUGGGAAUGCCGGGAAUGGAGACUGGGAAUGGAGACUGGGAAUGCUGGGAACGGACACUGGGAGUGCUGGGAAUACUGAGAAGGGACACUGGGAAUGGAUGCUGGAAAUGCUGGGAAUGGACACUGAGAAUACUGGGAAUGGAGACUGGGAAUGCCGGGAACACAGACUGGGAAUACUGGGAAUGGACACUGGGAGUGCUGGGAAUGGACACUGGGAAUGCCAGGAACGGAGACUGGGAAUGCUGGGAAUGGAGACUGGGAAUACCGGGAAUGCUGGGAACGGACACUGGGAAUGCUGGGAAUGGACACUGGGAGUGCUGGGAAUGGACACUGGGAAUGCCAGGAACGGAGACUGGGAAUGCCGGGAAUGGAGACUGGGAAUGCUGGGAAUGGAGACUGGGAAUAGUGGGAAUGCUGGGAACAGACACCGGGAAUCCCAGGAAUGGAUACUGGGAAUACUGGGAAUGGAGACUGGGAAUGCCAGGAAUGGACACUGGGAAUGCUGCGGUGAGACACUGGAAAUGCCGGGAACAGAAACUGGGAAUGCUGGGAAGGGACACCGGGAAUGCUGGGAAUGGAGACUGGGAAUGCCAGGAAGGGACACUGGAAAUGCUGGGAACGGACACUGGGAAUACUGGGAAUGGAGACUGGGAAUGGCGGGAAUGGAGAAUGGGAAUACCGGGAAUACCAGGAACGGAGAUUGGGAAUGCUGGGAAUGGAGACUGGGAAUGCCGGGAAUGGACACUGGAAAUGCCAGGAACGGACACUGGGAAUGGACACUGGGAAUGCUGGGAAGGGACACUGGGAAUACUGGGAAUGGAGACUGGGAAUACUGGGAAUGCCGGGAACAGAGACUGGGAAUGCUGGGAAGGGACACUGGGAAUACUGGGAAUGGAGACUGGGAAUGCUGGGAAUGCCGGGAACAGAGACUGGGAAUGCUGGGAAGGGACACUAGGAAUACUGGGAAUGGAGACUGGGAAUACUGGGAAUGCCGGGAACAGAGACUGGGAAUGCUGGGAAGGGACACUGGGAAUGCUGGGAAUGGACACUGGGAAUGCUGGGAAUGCUGGGAAUACCAGGAACAGAGACUGGGAAUACCAGGAAUGGAGACUGGGAAUGCUGGGAAUGCUGGGGCUGCAAUUCCCGCUUGUGCUGGGAUCUCCCGUUUCCCUGGAGUCCCCGAGCUGGAAUCCCUGGACUCAGAAUUCCCAAUUUUCCCGGAAUUCCCGCUUUU